CCCGCGUGUCCUCGUUCUCUUCCCUCAUCUUUGUAAUUUUCUUUACUCUCAAGCAAUCAAAAUUUUUGGUGCAUACUCCACAAAUCUACAACUCACCCAAUUCAACAUUUCUUUUCCUGUAUCUGUUUAACAUUUCUGGGGAUGGAGGGUACUAUUGUUAGGAGGGUCAUUCCCUCAGAUAACAGCUGCCUCUUCAAUGCUGUUGGUUAUGUUAUGGACCACGACAAACAUAAAGCUCCUCAGUUGAGACAGGUUAUAGCUGCAACGGUGGCCAGUGAUCCGACACAAUAUUCUGAAGCAUUCCUUGGGAAGCCAAAUGAAGAGUACCGUGCUUGGAUUCUUAACCCAGAGAAGUGGGGAGAGCUGCUCCAUCCUAAAUAUCCCCGUUGUGGUAAUCACAGGAUCACGGUUCACUGUGGAUCUAUCUCGUCACUUCACAAAGUGGUGCCAUUGAGCUUGCAAUAUUGGCAGAUUAUUAUGGACGUGAAAUUGCAGCAUACGAUAUCCAAACCACAAGAUGUGAUUUGUAUGGGCAGGUUAGCGUUGGUGAUGUGCUGUCAUGUUCAUCUUAAGCUUAUAUCUUUCUAUAAUGGAGCUCCAGAAGAGUUUGAUCAGACAAUAUUUACUGUACAGAAGGAUAGGACUAUUGGACCCAUUGAAAGGCUUGCUCUCAAUCUUGCUAAGGAACAACAAAGGAAAAGGAGUUACACCGACACUGCCAACUUCACUUUGCGAUGCGAGGUCUGCCAGAUUGGAGUUGUUGGCCAAAAGGGGGCUAUGAAGCAUGCACAAGCAACAGGACAUGUCAACUUUCAAGAAUUUAGAUGAUAGAAAUCAGGAGGAUAUAGAAAACAGAAAUUAAACAAUUUCUCUUUCAAUGAGCUUGUUCAGACUAGUAUGUUGAUUGGUAUGGUUAGUCAAUAAGUUCUCUCAUUGGAUAGUCGAAGUGGGAUCAAUAAGCUUGUCUAAUUUAUUUGGCCAAGGAUUGUUGUAUUAUGUUUUGUUGUUGUAUUGUGCCAUAAUGCAAAAAAGAAAAGGUAUCCCUUUGUUAUGAAUCAUGUUUGGAGGAUUUCAAAGUAGUAUUUGAGUUUGAUUUAA